UCAGCUCGGAGAUACUUGAGCUGAAGCACUUAGCAAGACACUGCUGCUUUUCCGGCAUAUGAAGUGUCCCUCUGUGCUGAAUUGUGUAUCCCUGGGCACUGGCAUGGGCAUUUAACUUAACACAGAAGGAGAACUGAGUGUUGGAAAGGGAGCAAAAUGACAGGACAAUGGGGCACCUUCCUUCCAGGGGGCACAAGGAUGCAUUACAAUGUGAAACACAAAAAUGUGUGCAACUGUUCCACUUCUGUCAUGGGAUCCCUUGAAUGGAGCUGCCCCCCUGACUGAUGGGCAUGGCUGAUCAACAGACUGCAUUUGCAUUUGCACCUGUAUACGAAUUUGUCUAACACAUCCAGACAGGUAGUCUGAAAUCCAAAAAAUGCCAGACAUAGAAGUUCACCAGCUGCAGACUGAGAAUAUCCAGAAUCUUAUCAGAUAAAAAGCCCCCUGUUUGUGAGUGUGGACGUUUAUGAUGUCUCUAAGCAAUGAAAAGAAAGUGAACACCUCAAUACUGAGGAAAAUAGCAGACGACAUGAGUAACAUAAUUGAAAGCCUCGACACGAGGGAGCUCCACUUCGAAGGGGAGGAGGUGGACACAGAUGUGGUCCCUGACCCAAAAGCACCUGUGGGCAUUCCAUUCUCUGCCAUUUACAACACUAAAGGAUUUAAAGAGGCUCAUAUACAGACCUACCUAACCGGAUGUCCAAUUCGAGUGCGGGUUUUGGAAGUGGAGCGUUUUACCUCAACUACAAAGGUACCGAGUCUACAUGUUUACACCAUUGAAUUGAACCAUGGCGAGUUUACAUGGCAAGUGAAAAGAAAAUUCAAGCACUUUCAAGAAUUCCAUCGGGAACUGCUUAGAUACAAAGCUUUUAUACGGAUUCCCAUCCCUACGAGAAGACACACAGUCCGAAGGCAGACUGUUAAAAGGGGAGAAGCAAGGCAAAUGCCAAAUUUACCACGCACAUCUGAGAACAUGGUUAGAGAAGAACACCUCUCCAGCAGAAGAAAACAACUAGAAGAAUACUUAACAAACCUCCUAAAAAUGCCCCUGUAUAGGAACUACCAUGGAACAAUGGAAUUCAUUGGUGUAAGUCAGCUGUCAUUUAUCCAUGAUCUAGGACCAAAGGGCAUAGAGGGUAUGAUCAUGAAAAGAUCUGGAGGUCAUAGAAUACCAGGUUUGAAUUGCUGCGGGCAAGGAAGACUCUGCUACCGAUGGUCCAAAAGGUGGCUAGUAGUAAAGGAUUCUUUUCUACUGUAUGUGAAGCCAGAUAGUGGAGCCAUUUCAUUUGUCCUACUGGUAGAUAAAGAAUUCAGCAUAAAGAUUGGCAAGAAGGAGACAGAAACAAAAUAUGGGCUUCGAAUAGACAAUCUCUCCAGGUCCCUGAUUUUGAAAUGUAACAGCUAUAGACAUGCUCUGUGGUGGGGUCAAGGAAUAGAAGCAUUCAUUCAGAAAAAUGGCAAGAACUUUCUCCAGCAUCAUCGAUUUGGUUCUUAUGCAGCUGUCCAGGAGAACACCUUAGCAAAAUGGUAUGUGAAUGCAAAAGGAUACUUUGAAGAUGUUGCAAAUGCCAUGGAAGCUGCCAAAGAAGAGAUUUUCAUCACAGAUUGGUGGCUGAGCCCAGAAAUAUUCAUGAAGCGUCCGGUGGUGGAAGGAAAUCGUUGGAGAUUAGACUGCAUUUUGAGAAGAAAAGCUCAACAAGGAGUGAAAAUCUUUGUCAUGCUCUACAAAGAGGUGGAGCUUGCUCUUGGCAUCAACAGCGAGUACACCAAGCGUACCCUAAUGCGGUUACAUCCCAACAUCAAGGUAAUGAGGCACCCAGAUCAUGUGUCAUCUACUGUGUAUUUGUGGGCUCACCAUGAGAAACUGGUGAUCAUUGACCAGUCCAUCGCUUUCGUUGGAGGCAUUGACUUGGCUUAUGGCAGAUGGGAUGACAACGAACAUCGACUGACUGAUGUUGGCAGUGCAAAACGGAUGACAAACACCAAGUCAGAGUCUUCAACAAAUCUCUCCUCUUUAGCAGAAACAACUGACCCAUCAACUGCUGGACCUCCAGUAGAGCCUGCAGUGAAACUGUCAUAUGGAAAUUACGACGACCCACCAGAUCCUUCAAAAAUGAAAGGAAUAGGGAAAACUAGGAAAUUUGCCAGGUUCAGCAUCUACAAGCAGCUCCACCGUCAUGGCCUGCAUCAUGCAGACAGCGUGAGCAGCGUAGACAGCGAGUCGAAUAAAGGUUCGAUCCGCAGCUUGAAGACAGGUGUUGGAGAGCUUCUUGGUGAAACCCGAUUUUGGCAUGGAAAAGAUUAUUGCAACUUUGUCUUCAAAGACUGGGUUCAGCUUGAUAAACCCUUUGCUGAUUUCAUUGAUCGCUACACUAUGCCAAGGAUGCCAUGGCAUGACAUUGCCUCCGUGGUGCAUGGUAAAGCUGCACGGGAUGUGGCUCGCCACUUCAUUCAGCGUUGGAAUUUCACAAAGAUCAUGAAACCCAAAUAUAGAUCUCUGUCCUAUCCUUUCCUGUUGCCAAAAUCUCAACGAACAGCUGAUGAACUGAAGUACCAAGUCCCUGAGGCUAUAUGUGCCAAUGUGCAGGUGCUGCGUUCUGCUGCUGAUUGGUCUGCUGGGAUCAAGUAUCAUGAGGAAUCCAUCCAUGCUGCUUACGUCAGUGUAAUAGAGAACAGCACACACUACAUAUAUAUAGAGAACCAGUUUUUUAUCAGCUGUGCUGAUGACAAAGUCGUAUCUAACCGGAUUGGUGAUGCCAUUGCACAACGAAUCCUCAAAGCCCACAGGGAAAAUAAACGUUAUCGGGUCUACGUAGUGAUCCCUCUGCUGCCAGGAUUUGAAGGUGAUAUUUCAACAGGAGGAGGAAAUGCACUGCAAGCAAUCAUGCACUUUAACUACAGGACUAUGUGCAGAGGAGAUAAUUCGAUUCUGGGACAGCUGAAAGCAGAAAUGGGAGACCAAUGGAUUAACUACAUUUCCUUCUGUGGACUUCGAAACCACGCUGAGCUAGAAGGAAAGCUUGUCACAGAGUUGAUCUAUGUUCACAGCAAACUGAUGAUUGUUGAUGACAACACAGUCAUAAUUGGCUCAGCUAACAUCAAUGACCGCAGCAUGCUAGGGAAACGAGACAGUGAAAUGGCCAUCAUUGUGCAGGACACAAACACCAUUCCUUCUGUCAUGGAUGGAGAGGACUACCAAGCUGGAAGAUUUGCUCAGUCUCUCCGUCUUCAGUGUUUUAGAGUUGUCCUUGGCAAUUCAGUGGACCUGAAUGAUAUCCAAGAUCCUGUUAGUGACAAGUUCUUCAAGGAAGUAUGGGUUUCAACAGCUGCACGCAAUGCCACGAUUUUUGAUAAGGUUUUCCGAUGCCUUCCCAGUGACCAGGUAACCAACUUAGCCCAGUUACGAGAGUUCAUCACCAUACCAAAACUUGCUUGUGAGAAUCCUACUAAAGCGACAGAAGAGCUCAAGAAGAUCCGAGGAUUUCUAGUCCAGUUCCCAUUCCGUUUUCUAGAUGAAGAGAAUUUGCUUCCUUCUGUCGGAACAAAAGAAUCCAUGGUACCCAUGGAGACUUGGACUUAAGAGGAUUUGGCCUAUGUGGGAUUUUUUUAAAACAACAACAGGAUUAUGUGGAAAUCUCCUAGAUGGAUUGUGGUUGCCUGGAACCUUUUUGCCAUUGGAAGAAAAGUCUGCACUGACCCAAAAGUGCCUUUGAUGGAAGAAUUUCAGAUAUAUCAGGGAAGAACAAUGGGUAACUGACAAGUUCUGCCUACUGAUAUGAGAAUGGUAUAUUUAAGCAACCUGAGAGUGAAGGGGAUGCAAGCCAAAAGCCCAUGAUAUUGCAAGACACUGUAUUCCAUGCAUGCUUCCUUUCCAUGUUUGGUUCUUUCAAACAAAAUUUGAAAACUUUUUGUUAUAAAAACAGGGAUAAAACAUCAGCUGAUGCCAUGCAUUGGUUCAACCAGACACUAUCUUGGAGUCCAUUUCCACAGUGAAAUCUAAAGCCACUGCUUAUGGAAUUAUCUCUUGUACCAGGAAAAGUGAAUAUUCAUCCAUGUGUCUAAUUUCAGAGCAAUGCACUGAACACUUAGCUAUGUGCUGUGAAAAUGCAUGUGCUGUAAUUGUGAUGAUGCUUCCACGGUAGUGGAUAAGUGAUUUGUGUUGGUUAAAUCUUAAAUCCUACAUUAUUUAUCAAGUUUCUUUUUAAACUCUUCCCUUUUUUCUUUUUUCUUUUCUUUUCUUUUUUUUUAGUAUUCUGUAAAUUUUGUAACAACUGCUGAGAACACUGCACAAUGCCACUUUCGGCAUAACUGUGAUCACUGUUAAUUGAGUAGAUCGUAAAACUGCACAAAGCUUCUAAGCUUUUUAGCACAGCCGUAUUUAGAACAAAAAAUACUUGUUAUACUUCUAUGUGUUCCAUUGCAACAAUGAGUACUGAAACUUCCUGAGAUAGCUAGUUCCCCCUGCUUUGUGCGCAGGCUUGCAUAAAAAUCUUUUGGAUUUGGAUUGCCAAAGUGCACAGUUCCCCAAGAGGGACCAAUUAAUUCUUUCCUGCUUACCACAAAAUGUGGCUAAAGAAUUCCUUUUGUCAUGUCUGUAAUGUCUGCAAUCAAACAGGAUACACAAUGCUUUGAGAUAGUUUGUGUCAGCAUAUCAUAGUGGUCUGAGUGCUGGACUAGGUUAGCCACUGAAACCAAACUGCAUGCCCUUGGGGGAAGUCACACUCUCUCAGUCUAAGCAAUGGCAAAUCUUUUCUGACUUAUUCUUGCCAAGAAAACUGUAUGACAAUGUUGCUGUAAGACACAAUUGAUUUGAAGGCACAUAAUGACAAUGAACUGUAAAUUAUUAUUGAGUGAACAAGUAUACCAUACAGCAUGAGCAAUGUGUUAAAAUAGAAUUAAACGGGAAGGGCCACAGUUCAGUAGUCUGAAUGCAAAAGAUUCUAGGUUUAUGUCUAAAUGUCUUCAUUUUAAAAGAAUUAGAUAUUAAUUUGGUUAACACAAAGUAUGGCAAGAGCUCUGUCUAAGACCCUUGAAAAGCCACAAUGGGGAUGAUGGCAAUCCUAAUCUAGCACUUCUGGAGGGCACUGUGCCUUAGAGAGCCAAUAAGAGAAGGCAAUAAUGGGCUAAGUGAAUAUAUAGUCUGCCCUCAUGUCAAACAGCUUCCUUUUUCUAAUCCACUGGAAAAUAUGCCAAUUUUCAUUUCCCAAUUCAAUGGGAAUGCCAAUUUGCAAAUUACUGCUUAAGGCAAAGUUAGAAUGGGUAUCUUAUUCCAAGUGAUAGUGCUGUUUCCCUUUCCCAGAAGCCCAAACAGUUUACUCCUUGUUCUGGUAUAUAACAGAAAGGGUAGUUAGGGGCCGCCUGGUUCACUGGCAGAGGGGCAUGGCUCAGAAAGGAGUGGGUGGUUCAUUUCUGGUCCAUAUAAAAGGCGUUUCUCAUGAUAGUGAGUUUCAAGUGAAUUUUGAGUUUCACAUUACAAAAUUAAAGCACUAUGAUUCCACUUUAACUGCUAUACUAUGGUUCCAUCUCAUGGAAUCCUGAGAUUUGAAGUUUAGAGAGGUGUACUUAGAAUUCUUCACCAGAGAGCUAUAAUGCCUUACUAACUACAAACCCCAGGAUUCCAUAGAAUAAAGUCAGGUCAGUAAAAGUGUGAUAUAAAUGCUAUAAUUGUGCUCUUGUGAAAGGACGCUUUAUGUUUGGGUCUCUCCUCUAAAUAUUGAUUUUCUUUGUUUAAACCUCAGCUAUGUCAGAACGCUUCACCUGUUAAAUUUUGCCAGGGAAGAUUUGAAACUAUGACCCAUAUGUUAACGUGGAGAAUAAAGGUUUGCCAAUGUCACAAAGGAGCAUGUAAUGGAGAUCUGAGAUUGGCUGUCACUACCUACUGGCAUAUAGUUAGUGACAGACCUUGGUUUGCUGCUGCAUAAUGUAGGGACACUACUCUCAGUCAGUAUGCCUUGGGAAUAGACCUAUGCAGUGAUGUGAACUGUGAACACACAGGAAAUUAAUGCAAAACAUUAACUUAAUUUAGUUAGAUUGUUUUAAUUACAUCAUCAGUCCCAACAAAGUACUGUCUUAUUCCAUCUGUUCCCCCCCCCCAUCUCGCAUACUAGUUUUGCAUUAAAACUGUAACUAUAUUGAAAUCAAGUUCUAAGAGCACCACUAUGAAUUAACAAAUGUGUCAGCAAGCAAUCUUGGAUCUCUUCAUGAUUAUGUGGUUAAUAUCCAGUGAUAUCCAAAUAUGAUUUUAACAAGCUAUAGUUUUUCUCCAUUUUCUUCAGAGUUCUUUCACUUUCUUGCUAAGCAGGGAUUCCUCCAAUCCCCAAUGGUAGCCUCACAACACAGUGAUUUCCAGAGUCAAUACUCUUUUUCUGCAGAGGACUACUCGUAUGUCCCAAACCUGAGUUUUUAAUGGACAUUAAAAUUGGAAGUGUCUAGCAGCCCCAUAGAAAAGUACCAUUUCUCUUCCCAUGCUCCCACCCUGGAAAAAUAAGUGUUUGUAAAACCAUUCUGGCACCAUAAUAGGAGGUUCAUAUGGGUAUGUACCCUGAUUAAGCCGGAUACAUAUAUGGAGUGGUGAAUCUAUUCUGUGUUUUAUUCCAAACUUUAAAGGUGCUAUCUAAUGCAUUGGACCUUUUCUGGUGAAAAGAUAUGGAAUUUUGGAUAAUGCCUUUAAAAACUGGCUUUAAGGCAACAAGCUUUAAAGUCCUCAGUCCCUUGUGUAUUCCCAUUUUUUAACCAUAGUUCUUCCUAAUGGAUUUUCCAGACUGAUCUAAAGUGUGAAUAUAGUUUGGAAUACAGCUCCUUGGGGUUUGCUGGUUGUUGAUGAUGAUGACUCUGCUUUGUCCUCCAUUCUCUUCUUGGAAGUUUGGAAGUAAUAUCUUGGAUCUUCACUUGGGGUACCUCCAAAGGUUUGUUCCCGCCCCCUCCCAAAGCAUAGUUCACUGAGAUGAUCAUAUGGUUUGAAGAGCAAUUUUUUUCACCCUGAAUUGUCUCUUCUGCUUCUUAGUGUUAAAGUGUCUACAAAAGUGUCACUUCAUUGAUGCACUGUAGUACUAUAAUUUGGGGGGGGGGGGGAGAUUAAAAGGAGAGAAAAGAGAAGGGGACACUUUUUGUUCAGAUAGAUCAGAAUUUAAAAGAAACCCGCCUGAGGGUGAGAAUAAAAUGUUGCAGCUAGUGCCAGGAUCACAGCAAAAUGUCAUUUGGAUAUUUUUUUUUAAAAAAACAAAACUUGAGAAUUACAUCAACAGAUACAAUUCCAACAAUCUCCCAAAAUAUUUGCAACAUCUGAAAAUACCCACAGUCCAGUUUUAGCAGCACUGAAGCCUUUUGUAUUAAUGCUACAAAUAUGUAUCUGCCUAUCUUAUGCUAUGGCAGUCUAUGAUGCAGCCAGCCAUGGUGGGAUGCAGAGACAUCUCAAGAACCAAAGUAGAUCUCAAAGAGCCCAUGUUUGGUGCCCAUGAAAAAGUUCUGCUACCUGAGCAAUUUUUUAAAUAAAUUCCAGGCAUAUCAAAUUCUGAUUUUCCCCUAAAUAGGCACCUAUCGUAGAUGGUGACAUUGUUAUUUCAUUACCAAUAUUGUUCUCUUAUGAGCAGCCACUGGAUACUAAUGCAAAAGUUGCAGCCAUUCCACUAGAGGAAAAAUAUGAGCUUUUACAGAGCUUACCGUUAGCUUUAAAAGAUUACAAUGUUUUUUUAUAGACUCAGGCAUAAAACAUAACUACCAUUUCCAUCUUCAGCUUAAGCACCUAUGUUGCCUGUAUCAUAAGCUGUUUAAUUAGGCAUACAACAAUACCUCACUUAAACUGACAAAUAAGAAACACUGACAUUCCUCAAGGGCAGACCAAGUGUCCAACUUUGCUGCAAGUGACUACAGAGACUGGUUUUUCAUCCUGCUAAUUAGAGACAUCAUCAGAAAUCAUAUGCAUUCCUCUUAGUGAUUUGAUGCCAUAUUUUGAUUUUUCAGUAAUUCAUGUACAGCUGCCUUUGAGGGCAAGAUGUGUCUGUAAUUUAGUACACAUUGCUUUUGCCGCUCUAUGCUUCUCAGGAUGUGAUGGUUUUUAAUUUUUUUCUGUUGUAUUUGCCAUGAACACUGAAGACAAUCCCAUUUUUGGCAAAUCUGGUUGACGUAGAGGACUACUUUUGUGGGAGGCCUUUGUGAUAUAAAGAUUAAGAACGAUCACCUUAGCAUACAGUUCAUCAUGCAUUGUUUUGUGUGAGGCUGAUACUCUACGGUGGUGUCUGCACAGCCCAGGGUACUCUGGGAGUAUCCCAGAGUAUCCUGCCCUAGAGCUGCCCCAACCUCCCCUCGUUACCAUUCAAACACCAGGAGCCUGUUCACACAAAUGUCCCACUGUGCUGCCCAUCCUGUUCACCACUAUCACACAUAGCUUGCUCUGGGUGCCUAAUAUUGUCAAAUGGCUGAGCACCUUGUUCUGACCGCACUGUGAACGACACCUGGUACCACAACAGCACUGGGCAGGAGAGCAGGAUGUGUAGCAAAUAGCCAUCAGAAAAGAGGACUUCAGAUCUUUUGGGAAGACCCAGAGCAAGCAAGGUUUAUUUUAUUCAGUUAUAAGAGGGUUGUAUACCCUGGGUUUAGUGCUGAAUGGGCUGGACAUUAUCCAGUUAGUUUUUGCCAGACUCGGGUAUCAGGCCCUGCAUCAUCUGGGCUGUUGUCCAAAGGGAUGGAGGAGGCCAGUUUAUCUGAUAACUGACUAGUAGCUGCCACUGUCAGAGACCUUCAGGUAAAUAUGGGAAUCUUGCACUCUACUAAUGCAGGGAAGGAUCUCAGCCUCAGCUUGCAUUCCUGCCUGCUUCACCCACACCACAAGGCUACUUGCUUUCCAGGUUGAAUAGAAUAUAUGCAAAAUCACACCAAGACACUGAAAGCUAUGCUUUAGCGCCGGGUUCCCCGCAAACAUGAGCUGUGCUACAGGCGAGAGGCAGCCCCCUUCCAUCCGCGCUCCACUCCCAAGACACUGAAAGCUAUGUUUUGUAAAAGCCCAUUAUAUCAUACUUAGGACUUGAUAUUUGCCCAGAAUAUGGUUAUCAUUCAAAGUUCUGAUUUAUUUUUGUGCAAAUGCUUACAGCUUCUAUAGUGCUGAAGUUUGCUUUGGGUCUUGCAGGACUUCAGAAUCACAAGUAACCAAUCUGAAGAUAUAUAGAUUCACCAUAUGCAUUUAGAAAAGGGAUAAUGUAGUUUUGCAGAGAGGAAAUAAGGGAUGUACUGUUGUCAUAUAACCAUCUGUUACAGAGGGCUUGACAUCUGGAGCGAUCAACAUUGAUACAUCAACAGUGAGUCUGGUUUAUGCUUCGGAUUACUUAAUAGGAACUGCAAACUGUUGUCCCAGAAGGAAUGUGCAUAUCCUGAUUAAAUGACAAACUAGGCAAGAGGCCUAGUGCCUUGUUUACAGCUGCAUAAGUCAGUAUGGCAAACUUACUCUACGUAACAUUUGUUUCUCUAGCUAUGUUAUCAGGAUGGCAUGAAGUGAAUGUUUCCAAAUGUGUUCUGUAUGUGUGUGUGCGCAGUGGUUCCUUACUACAAAGAUUGCUGAGAUUUAUACUUUGUUCAAAAUUAUUUGCAUUUAUUUUCUUGAAAAACUACCACUUCUUGCAUAGAGGUGCACUAUGUAAAAUUAGGCUGAAACAUUUUAAGCCAAUUCAUGGUGCUUUUGGACUCUGGAUCUUUUCAGUUUGGUUUUCUUACCCCUUUUAUACAUACAGAGAGAAGAAAUAAGACAGACAUAGGAAGGAGCAAAUGAACUGGAUGUCAAUCAUACUUUUUCAUUGACCCUGUGAUAUAUCUGAUCUCUUGAGGAAUCAGUACCUUGAUUGACCUUGAUUAGCCAAUAUGGAUUGGACCUUGAAUCUGUAUGUCAGUUGCCUUACUCCUUCAGAAAGUCCAGAAACAAAAAUCUGAAAAUGGAAGAUAUGGAUCUAAAUUUGUCCCAUUAUUUUGCCAACUGCUGAAGAAUCAGCAUAUAUGUGCCAUGUACUUUGGGGAGGGACAUAGCAUAGUUGUAAAAUGCAUGCCAUCUGUAAGCCUUAGGUUCAGUCCUUGGCAUCUCCAAGUAAAAAGGUAGAGUAUUAUCAUGGUGACAGCAAACUAGAUAAACCAGUAGAACAAGGUAGCAUAAUACCCACAUGUUCAUAGUAUAUGAUUUACACCAGGGAUAGGCAGACUUUAGACUUAAAUGAUCUACUUCUUUAAAAAAGAGACUUCAGAGUUUAAAGAAAUUGGACCGUACAUUUUCCAAUCUACUUCAAAUCACUCGGGCAUGUACCAACAGAUCUCAAAUUUUGCUCUGCCCACCUCUGAAUCUCAUGGCCAGGAUGAGCUGAAUGGCAUGUGAUGAUGUCCUUGUCAGGCUAAAAAUAUAUCUGAUGCAAAAACUGUUGUUUUGUGCCUUUUCUUUUUUAAGAGGUUCAAUAGGAAACCUUUUCUUUACUUCUUUACUGGAUGUCCCUUAUUUGAGGGUUAGGAAGUUUUUCCUUUUAGACUGAACAAAUACCAAAAAUGCUGUAUUUUGGGGUGUGGGCUUUUCAGAAAAACAGAAAUGUGUGUUUGCAGACAUUAUGUUAAUUUUAUAUAGAAACACAUGGCUAAGUCGACUGAAUUCAAUACUUUCCUUUGGUAUUUAGGGAAAACACAAAAUUGUUGAUAUCUACUUCCUGAUUGUUAACUCUGCAUGUCAUUAAUUUCAAUUGUCCCUUAUUGCUAUUUUGAAAACCUGGCAAUGCUACACUAAUAUAACACAAAUUGUUAAAUCUGCAAUGUAAACCAAAAAGGCAAAGGUAAAAUAGAUUAUGCCCAGCAUUCGUUAUGUUAGUAAAAACAGACCUUGGUGGGAACAUGGUAAUCUUAAAUUCUGUAACAAGUUGGCCAGUGUGAGUAUAUGGAUUUGACCAUCUCAGUUUUGUUGUACACUUCUGUAUAAGCAUGUUUAUUCUGAUUAUUAUUAUCUUAAACACGUCAAAUAAACAGCUGGGGCCAAUAUAUCUGAACAAUCAUCUCCUCUCAUAUGAUCCUACCUGCUCAUACCAGUUUCCAAAAAAACAAAGGCUCUAAAAUCAUCAUUUCUCAUGAUCCUUUCAAAUGUAGGUCUUUGGUACACAUGGCAGGGCCUUCUCAAUAUGCAAAGGGAUCUUGUAACACCUUUGAGGACCAGCUUAGCGAAAGAUGUUAUAGCAUAAACUUUCAUAGACUUGGUCUACUUCCUGAGAUGCAUGGAGUCCAUGCAUCUGAGGAAUAGACCAGGUCUACAAAAGCUUAUACUGCAACAUCUUUUAUUCAGUUAGUCUUGAAGAUGCCACAAGAUCUCUUUACAUAGUGAUAUUCCAGACUAAUACGGCUUAUGUCUCUGAAUACCACUCCCAUGGAAAGCACCAAAUUGGACCCUUUUGAGUUAUGGCACACCUGCUGUGUUUCUUUCUCCUUGGACGGUCAUUGGACCUCCACUCUCUUGGUGUUGUCAGUGUGGUGUUAGCAUGAGAAACAAGGGGUUUGCUCCCUUUCCACUUUUUGCUUGAAUAUUUAUUGUUGUGCAUCAAUGUCAUUGUUAUUAUGUUCUUGUUUUAAUGCUGAUUGUUUAUUCCAUUGGGGGAUCCAUAUGUAGAAAUAAAAGCAGAGUACAGCCAGUUUUAUUGAUAGAUAAGGGACUAUGCUUACACAGCCAGAAAGACACCUUACUGCAUUUCUACUAAAGUCAUAACUUCGAGGGACCUUCAUGAAAACUUGAUCGCCUGUUGCUGCUGUAAUUGAUAACACUCUGAAGCCCGCUGAAUCAGGAAUCCAUGAGGUUGAAGGACAAAAGGCAGUAUUGAUUGAAAUAAUCCUGCAGCCAGCACAGAAUCAGAAUGAAAGCCAGAGACUAAUGGAAUUCAGAGGCACUUUCCUUCUGACCUUUUAAGGAGGAAAGAAGUGUUCUUUUUGAUUUCUUGCAGUUGUCAGAAGCUCCUUUGUUUUCUCAGCAUUGCUUUUUUUCCUGAAAUAGAUGUAGACACUGAGAAUAGGUAUAAUUUAUUUGUCUUCAUUCUUGACAUAGAGAUAAUAGAAGAAAAACAAAGUUAGCUUUGUAAUUGGCUGGCAAAGUUCUUUUUCACAUAAAUGAAGUGCUCUCUGGAUUAACUAGGUAGCCAGAUAACCCAGUAUUUUUUAUUUCUUCAGAGAGAUUGGAACAAUUUUAUAUAUAUGUGAAACUACAUGAACACUGUGAAUAUGCCUUCUAUGAAGGAUAUGCCAUUUGUUUUUGUUUUAUAUAUCCAGUCUCGCUAAUGGUUGCUUUUGUCAUGAUUUUCCUGCCUCUGUAAAUGGGAAUACUUAAACAUGUUCAUCCACUGAAAAAUGUAACUAAAAGGUAACGUGUGAGAAA